CCUCAAACGGAGAUUGAAGACGUAUGAAUAUAAAGUAAACGUUUAAAGACAGAAAGAGUUUCAUCAUCUUAAAUGUAAUGCGAUUGAGUGCUUAGUGAAUCAGAAUAUGACUUUACUGAUAUAUCUGCUGUUCCUACAACUUCUUAAAGCCACAGAGACUAUGGAAGGCCGUGAUAAAAUAAAGAUUAAUAAUCAAGACAUGACUGAAAUGGAAUUUCAAGCGUACUUUGGUGAAGUACCUGAAAAUCAAGAUUACGAAGUGUCAUACCUGACUCCUGUGGACGGACGCGGUGAAGAAGUUUCCAGGAAACGAGUCAUAAGAGAUACAUCGGAUGAAAAACAAAUAUUUUAUAACAUUUCUGUGCUUGGCUUUACUUUUCAUUUAAAUUUAACACUGAAUGGACAGUUAUUAGCACCAAACUUUUAUAUUGAAACAAAGCAUAGCAAUGGAUCAAUAACAAAGUCACCUCCAGCUCAUAGAAACUUUUACCAUGGACAUGUGACCUCCUACCAAGAUUCUAAAGUUGCUUUGAGUGGAAAAGAUAAAUUGAGAGGUGCAAUUGUAAUAUCAGACGAUCAUUUGUUCGAAGUUCAUCCUCUUCCUGAUCAUUUGUCAAAGGAUAGCGAGAAAGAAAAUUUGCCGCAUUUAGUUAUAAAAAGAUCUUUUGCAGCUUCGAAGCCAAUCUUCUUUGAUGUGGAUUUCAGUGAUAAUGGCUGGAAUGAAACUUACACAGGGAAGAGAGGAACAGACAAAAGGGAAUUAGACGGUCAAAUUCAUAAAAAAACUAAAUUUUUAGAAGUGAUUUACGUAGCUGACCAGAAUGCUGUAGAUUUUUAUGGGUUGAAUGACUUACCUGAAGUGUUGCUAUCUAUUGGGAAUAUUGUUUCACAGUUAAUCUAUGGAAUUAGUUACAACGAUCCUAACGUUAUUUACAUCAUUAACAGAAUAUGUCUUGUGAAUGAUAAAACGUUGUCUUCCGCGAAAAGUGCAAGCAUGUUACAUAAACUACAUGCAAUAACAGACUGGGCGUUAGUCAAUAAUAUUGCGGCCGACAGCAACACAAACCAGGCUGAUCAAACAGUGUUGUUCACCAGGCACAACGGAGGAGGAAUUGCCACCCUGGGAGUUCUUUGUCGACGACAUGAUGCAAGUGCGGUCGUCUCGCUUCAAGGAUUAAGUUCAUCCUUUGUUUGCGCUCAUGAAAUUGGUCACAGUUUGGGAUAUGGUCACGAUGGUUAUGGAAAGAACCAAAACUGUCCCGAUGGUGUUAACAUAAUGUCAAGGUACACGCCUGGUGGUCCAGGUGCCUGUAAAUGGUCAAGCUGUACAAAAAGAUAUGCUGCAAAUUUCUUGAGGUCUGAUCGUUCUCAUUGUCUUGACAACUUGUCUACACUUCAAGGACCAACGCAAUCGCCAUUUCUUCACGCUAAAUUACCCGGCGAGGUUUUCAACGCUGAUGAACAAUGCGAAAUGAUAUUUGGUACUGGAACGAAACAGUGUCGAACCAAGAAAAACAUUUGUUCCUCAUUGUACUGUGCAAAAAGCAGCUACUCGUGUUCCUAUAUUCUCUCCCCGCCUGCAGAUGGUACAAGAUGUGGAGAAAGAGAAUGGUGUAUCCAUGGUGAAUGUGUUGAUGAUGGUUCUCCUAGGAUCAAUGGUAACUGGGGUGAAUGGUCUACGUAUUCACCAUGUACAAGAUCUUGUGGCGGCGGAACUCAACACAGAACGAGACAAUGUGACAAUCCAAGCCCAGCCAACGGUGGGAUGAAAUGCAUUGGAUCACAUCUAAGCCGACAUGUUUUGUGCAACCAAAAGCCUUGUCCUAAAGGGCAACCAUCGUAUAGACAUCUCCAGUGUCAGAAGGCAGGAUACUCGAAGUCUCAUUAUUUAUCAAAACGAGCUUGUUCGUUGUGGUGUGAGAAAAGCGGGGGAAUCUUUUACCUCGGGCGCGUAAAAGAUUCAACACCUUGUACGGAGAAUCCAUAUGACAAUGAUGUUUGCAUUAGUGGAAGAUGUCAGCAUUUUGGUUGCGAUUCAAUUUUCAAUUCAGAGAAAGAGAACGAUCGCUGUGGUAUAUGUGACGGCGGUGGGAACACUUGUGCUAAACGCGAAAUGCAUUUUAAAAAGAGAUUGGAAUGGGUAUUUGGCACUUCCCAUCCUUACUUUGUGAUCAUACUUAAGAAGGGUUUUUCGAAUAUUAUUGUAAAAGAGACGGUAGCAACUUGGAAUUGGAUUGGCGUACGAAAUAUGAAGGGUGAAUAUUUGAUUCGACUCCCAACAUAUUCAAAGACGAUUUAUAAAGCUGGCACAAAAAUUUCCUAUAUUCAGAAAUCAUUUGUGUUUAAAGAUGAGAUCAUUAUUACAGGUCUAUUACAAGAGGAGCUUGAAAUUGUGUAUGUGCGAAACUAUGAACCCUAUCAAGACUUAAGCGUAAGUUUCUUCGAACCAGUUGACAAUCCAGGGAAGCCAUCUCCACGUUCUUUCACUUGGAUGGAAUACAGAUGGUCAGAGUGUUCUCAGAAUUGUGGCGGAGGAUUUAAAUCAAGAAAAGUAAAAUGCCAUCGUAAAGAUGAUAUGACUACUGCGGGGGAUAGAUUUUGUAGUGUAACGUCCAAACCAGAUGAAAAAUAGAGAGGAUUGUCGUUACACACCCUGUUCUGCAGAAUGGUUGAUAACAGAAUGGAAACCGUGUUCUAAAACAUGCGGGAAUGGGACCCAAACAAGAGAAAUCAUUUGCCGUAGAAGGGAAAGGGA